AUGAAUAGUUCAGAUGAAAAUGAUUGUUUAAUAAAAAACGAUUCUACAACUACUAAUAGUAGUAAUAGUAAUAAUAGACAGAGAACAAAAGAUGUAACAUUGGAUGAAUCAAACUCUGUUGAAUUCAGUGAGAUGAUGUUAUCUCAAGAGACGUUGGAUGGUCUAAAACAAUGUGGAUUCAUCAAGCCUUCACCGAUUCAAGUUCAGGCGAUACCACUUGCUCUGACCGGUAGAGAUAUCAUUGCUCAAGCAAAGAGUGGCACUGGCAAGACUGUAGUAUUCAGUGUGGUGGCACUCGAAACCGUUCUGAAACUACGAACUACACCCAUUCCCAAAGAUAGACAAGAACUGCUGGAUAUGGACGACGAGAGUUAUGCUGCCGCUAUAUCUGGUGUUCCUCGACAUCCCGUGGUGAUGAUACUCUCACCGACACGUGAGAUAGCCGUGCAAUCGUGUGACGUUGUCAAUCAGCUGGCGCGAUCAAUGAAGUAUAUCAAAGCGGCAUCGUUCAUCGGUGGACUCAGGGAAGUGGAUGACCGUCAUCGACUCUCAGGUUGUCAGAUUGUGGUUGGCACACCCGGACGUAUCAGAUCGUUGAUUGAAUCACUGACACUUCGUACCGACGACAUCAAGCUGUUGAUUCUCGACGAAGCCGACAAACUGCUGGAUAUGGGUUUCAGUAAAGAUAUCAAUUGGUUGCAUCGUGCGCUGCCUGUCAGUCAAAGACAGACACUGGCGCUGUCCGCAACCUAUCCGGUGUCGGUACUGAACGUUGUCAAGGCGUAUAUGCGCGCCGACGUCAUGGAAGUUCGCGUUGGUUCAGACACGCCGUCACUCACAGGAAUCACACAAUACUACCAAUUCGUAGAGAAUCCAGCUAUUAGUUAUCAGGCAUUCAAAGAGAAGAUCGCUUCAUUGCUGCUGCUACUAGAGCAACUUGGAUUCUAUCAGGCGAUUGUGUUUGUAAGUGAGCGGCAACGCGCGGAAGAGGUGUGCAAGUUGCUGGUGCGACGUGGUUGGCCAACGCGUUAUAUUGCCGGUGCUAUGGAGCAACGCGAGCGUCUGCUGGUGAUGGAAGAGCUAAAGGAUUUCAAGUUGCGAAUACUGGUGUCGACUGACCUGAUUGCGAGAGGUAUCGACAUUGAGCGUGUCAAUCUUGUGGUGAACAUCGAUAUGCCGAGAGACUACGAAACUUACUUUCAUAGGAUCGGUAGAACCGGUAGAUUCGGUACCUAUGGUGUAUCGGUUAGUUUUAUAUCAAAGGAUUCCGAACAAGAUAGAAACUUCUUACAUGAGCUACGUGUGCGAUACAAUGUUGAAUUGCUGGAGAGAAAAGAUAACGAUGAGAUACCAGAACACUUUUACACAUAUCAGUUGUCGAAUAGCAAGGAAUCAGAGUCAUUAGAAUCACUAAAACUUAAACAACAACAAUUUAAACAGAAACAAGAGGAGAAAGAACAAGUCAAACUUUUAAAACAACUAAAGAUCAACGAUGAUUAUAUUCAAAAUCAACAAAAUAUAGAUGAAAAUGAAGAAGAUUAUAAUGAAGAUGAAGAGUAUGACGAAGAGUAUGAAGAUGAAGAGUAUGAAGAUGAAGAGUAUGAAGAUGAAGAGAAUGAAGAGUAUGAGGAUGAAGAGUACGAAGAUGAAGAGUAUGAAGAGUACGAAGAGUAUGAAGAUCAGGAGUAUGAAGAAGAGAAUGAAGAGUAUGAAGAAGUAGAAAACAAUUAUAAUUUUAAUAAGGAAGUUGAAGAAGGAGAAGAAGAAGAAUAUCAAGAUUUUAAUAAUAAUAAUAAUAUAUUUAAAGAUCAGUCACAACAUCAAAGAGCUACAAGUUACAAUCAUAAUUUAAGUUAUAAUCAACCAAACAAUUUAAACAACAAAUGGGAAGAUUAUCUUCAUUAUAUAAAUAGUUAUUCAAAUCAAAACAAUUACAACUAUAGUUAUUUAAUAUCCAACCACAAUAAUAUAAACUCAUAUAAUAAUCAUAAUUGUAACUGUAGGUAUUGCCCUAUAAAACAAAGUAAACAUCAUCCAAUUCAACAACAACAGCAACAACAAUAUCAACAACACUAUUAUAAUUAUCCUUACUACUAUAAUUAUUAA